GUCCCUCCCCCAACCCAAACUUUAAAGGCACUCCAGGAACCCACCCCCCAAUCAUCUAAUACCAAGUUCCAAGAGGGUCAGGUAGCAUGCUGCCAUGGAAAGUGGCCAGGAAAACAGAAUUAUGUUGGAAACAUCUCGAACAAUCAACUUUCAGCCACAAGCAGUCCAGGUUUACACCACCACCAGCAAAAUCAGCCACUGGAGUUCUGGCACCUUUGACUGUUUUCAGGACAUUGGAAUCUGUCUUUGCGGUUCAUUCAUACCCAUGUGUUUAGCUUGUAGAAUAGCUCAGGAUUAUGGAGAGUGCUUUUGUCUGCCGGUAUUACAAGGCACUAUUGUUGCCAUGAGGACUGGAAUUAGAGAGAGAUACCAUAUUCAGGGCAGUAUCUUUGAUGACUUUCUUUGUGCCACAUUCUGCGGCCAAUGCACUCUUUGCCAAAUGGCUCGGGAACUAAAUGCCAGGAAGGUCAGAAGACGACUGGUAAGGGAAGGUCAGCCAGGGCAGGUGCCAGUACAGACGCACGUGCCAGUGCAGAUGCCGAUGCAGGUGCCGAUGCAGGUGCCAGUGCAAAUGCCGAUGCAAAUGCCAAUGCAGAUGCCGAUGCCAGUGCAGAUGCCGAUGCCAAUGCAGGUGCCAGUGCAGAUGCCGAUGCAGGUGCCAGUGCAGAUGCCAGUGCCAUUAUAGGUGUCAACAAAACAAUAGCAACAAUUUCAGUUGAAACUCAGAACAUCCCAACAGAUGGAUCGGAUGAUUUUGUUCAUACAAGAACUAGUUCUAUUCUAUACUAGUGUGCCUAUACCUGGACACUAUCCUACACUUUGUCUGAACCCAUAUAGCGCAUCACUGGAAAAAAUGUCUCUGCCUUAGAGAACUACCAUGAUGAAGGCAUGUUGGCAUCUUCUCAACUCAACAUGGGAAAAAUUAAUAAAACAUGGCUUACAUGGACUUUACCCAUGAAAUCUGAAGUAUAUUCCAUUAAAACACCAUAGUUUCUGUACCCCCCCCCCCACCUUUUAUUACCCCUUUCUGCUUUUCUUUGCCCUCUCUUGUCUUCUUUCUACCAAGUUUAUUGCUGUGAUAGAAUGGUAAAGAAUGUGACGCAGAGCACACAGUAUUAUUUUCUAUAUAAAAGCCAAUAAAAUUGGAAAAAACUGCAAAAGAUCCAAAGGAACUGAAUAAAUGUAUGAAUAUAAAUUAUAAACUCUUUUCAAACUCUUGCCCAAAAUAAAGGUUUUUCCUGCAUA